GUUUUUUGUUUGCGGUCGUCUAUUCUUGAUUCCCGCGAGCUCGCAGCCACUUGGUCUUUCCUUUUCCGAUGUAAUAGGUUAGCACACUUUCAAUUUCAUAGCACCCACAUGCACGACACUGGUGUGAAGAUGAUUGUCGAAGUGCUGCACCACCAGGAUAAGCAGGACAAGGUCGCGCUGCUGUUUCUUCGCUGCUUUUCAGAUCAUCGAGAUCGACAUGGAGAUCGAAUGUACAAGAUGCAGAUUAAGUAGAAUUGAAACUAAAAGUUUGAAAUAAAACAAGGUCUCCCGCCCGCGGCCACUGGCAUUUCCAGAUCCUAUUCAGAAACUAAACCACAGUGACUGUAUGUCGAUUUUGUCUUGCAAAGAUCCGGUGAAGAACAAGGACAGCUUCGCUUACUAUUGAUUAUUUUUCUCCUCAUUGUUGUUAGCACCACUCCUGCAACCAUAACGAAAAGCAACACAACAAGAUCAAGAACGAUACCUGCAGCUAUUUUUGAGUAGAAAUUGUAGAUGCGCGCCCAAUACUAGUUAGUACCUCCAAUGAGAGGACAUAUUUUAUCCGCUCCCUUCAUGAUUGUGUAACUCCUGAUACCACCACUGAUUCUUGGUUGCUAGCACAGUAGCUCAUAGCGUAGCAGCCACAGCGACAGCUCCUCGUUUACCAGUGACACUUAGCUAAAGCAGAUUGUUUUAAACCUUUGUAUGCGCGUGCGCCUGCUCGGACGUCGAAAGGACAUCAACCAACGAAGCAGAAAGUAACGGAAUCCAGCUGGCAGCUGCUCGUACAACUUACUACGUCGAGGACGAAGCCGCGGGUAUUUCCAACUCCAACAACGCGACGCAAUGGAUCUGAACCACGUGAAGUCACUAUUUGGCCAUCGGGUGGUCAUUCCAGCCUCGAGGGUCGCAGCUUCGGCUGGAACCGGCACGAAACUUGUUGCGAUGGUACAACCUACGAGUGCAGCAGCGGGAGCCAGUAGUGCAGGUAUCCGUUAUUUAUUGCUUGUACUCGCCUUGUGUUUCAUCUUUGCAGCUGCGUGUAUCUGUGAUCGGACAACACACAGUAUCUAUUUACCAUUUCUAUUUUUUAACCAUGUACUAGUACUAGAUUCACUUGCAGGAGCCCUAUUCACAACUGCACCGCAAUUGAGUGCAUUUUGGUUUUGGUUUGUGUUUGUCACUGACUCGUCAUCUGUGGGGUAGAUUGAUAAUUUCAAAUCCAUAAUUCAUCGAUCCUCCGCAGCAUUCGUUCCCGUCCCUCGCACAACCGGUACUGCCUCUAGUACGACAGCGACAGCAAAAAAUCCAGCGACUUCUACCACCUCAGCGUCAACCUACUCUACUUCCGGUGUCAGUUCUAUCGCCUACCGCUAUGUGCCGACCAACCCUAACUUCUACCAGCCGCUCCCCCGUCCCGAUGGCUUCCGCAUCCAGGCAGUGAAUCCGAACUUUCGAAGACCAGAAACCGCAAACAUCGUGCGCCCAGACGGAUCGUUUCAUGAGGGUAUUAACAAGUAUGAUUUUUCACUGAAGAGUACGAUAAUAUGCAUAAAGAUGAUGAUGGACUACAGCCGCGCAAACGACCUUCAGAAGAUGUCUGGUUUUGAUAAGGUAGAACCUUUUUUUUGCUCUUUUUAGGUCGUAGGAGUCGUGGAAGGAUCACGAAACCUCGUUAUCGUUUGAACUAUCCAUCGACCGACUUCUACCACUCUAUUAUUCAUCACCCCAGGUUCAUCUUCGUCAACCUCUACAACCGCCUCUGCGCAGGCGUCCAGCAGUGGUGCUGGCACUACUACAUCAGCAGCACCGGGUACAGCCUCAGCCAAGGCCGCAACUACGGCCGCGCCUGCAGGAGCCGACGCCACGGCAGCCAACAAUUCCGCCGUCGAUUUGAAGGACCCGGCGUUGUACUCAAAAUUCGAUUAUCAAAUGCAAAAAUGUCUGGGUCUGGAAGAUUGCAACUUGUCAUGCUGUUUUUGGACUCCAAAAAAAAUUGUAUUGCAUGACCAGCAAGAAGGGUGCACUUUGCGCUACACGGAUAGGGCAUUUCUCAUGCGGAAUGUGCAUCAGGAAGCCCUCCAGAAGUCUGCGAGGCUAGGUCAUGCAUUACAGGCGUCAUGGGUCAUGAGAAAUAUGCAUGACAAGUCUUGCAUUCUUCCAGACCCAGACUACAUUUUUGCAUUUGAUAUCGAUGCCGACGGGUUUCCGACACACGAUGUCAACGGGGAGGAGUUGACCAAAAACCAGUACAAAAAGGUGCGGAAACUCAUCGAAGGGGAGAGAAAGAAGCAGGCGAAGAAGAAGUAGGAGACGAAGAAAGUUGUGAUGGGUAAAAGUGUUUCAUCACGCUCUGAAGAUGAAGAACCUCCAAUCAACGCGAAGCGUUGUGACGUGCGCCCAUAAUUCAGCAAACCGCUUGAGUCUCAGUCUGUACCCCCACGGUCUGGAGCACGUACCCCUUUCACAGAGAAACCUUCCCUACGUUUCCGUUCUGAGACGAGGACGACACAUGUUGUUUACGUUGAUGUGAUGUAAAUCGUUUUCUUUCACCGGAAGAUAAAGAUUGAUAAAACCAAUCCUACUUCAC